UCUGAGAACCUCUUCACCCAACCAUUGCUCGUUACCAAAAUUUGGAAUCUCUUAUUUCGGCCGCUCAGUCUCUUCUCAAUUCUCUCCUUCAUCUUCUUCAUCUUCUUCUUCUUCCUUUCAUUUUACAAUUAAUUUCUGUUCUUCGUUUUUAUGCUCAUCAUUACAAUCUCCAAUUCCUGCUCUUCAUUUCCAUUGCAAUGGCCAUCGAAACCGCCGUUUCUUCUGACAUUCCCGUUCCCGCAAUGAGCCCUAGAAUUUCAUUCUCUCACGAUUUCUCCCACACCGAACCUAUCCCCGUCGAACAACGCCCUAAUUCCCGAUCCAAAUCCUCCGGUUUCGGUUCCAGCUUCGAUUUCGAUUUCUGCAUUCCUGAAUGUUCCGAUCACGAAUCCUCCUCCGCCGAUGAAAUUUUCUCUCAAGGAAAAAUCCUUCCACUCGAAAUCAAGAAGAAACCCGAAGACCAGCGACUCGAACACUCUUCUUUAAAUCAUCAUUCUCCUCCAUUGACGCGGACGAAAUCGCUCGAUCUCAAUCCGGAGAAAUGCUUGAAGAAAAAUCCAUCGUUGAAGGAAAUCAAGGGUACGGGGAGUGAUUCUGAAGAGAAACAAAAUACUAAUUCUAAUUCCAAAUCCUUUUGGCGUUUCAAAAGAAGCAGUAGUUGUGGGUCUGGUUAUACUCGUAGCUUAUGUCCUUUACCGCUUCUCUCACGAAGCAAUUCCACUGGCUCUGCUUCCAAUAAUAUGAAGCGAUCGCCAUUGUCCAAAGACGGUGUAAAUCAAAAGCAAAGCUCUCAUAGAAAUGGGUUGAAAAAUUCGCAGCAGUGUUCGUCUUCUUCAUCAACGGGAUUUCAGAAACCUCCAUUGAACAAGGUACAUGGUUCGUACGGAAAUGGAAUUAAAGUAAACCCUAUUUUAAAUGUUCAUUCUGCGAAUCUUUUUGGUUUAGGUUCAAUAUUCUCUUCUGCCAUUGAUAGAAGCAAGAAAAAGUGAUUGGGUUGCUUUUAUAUAUUAUUUUUCAUUCUCCUCUGAAUAGUAAUCCGAUUGUUGCAAAAAGAUUGUGGAAUUAAUGCAAUCUGUAAUUUCUUUUUCUUCUC